AUGGGUCUGAAGCGUUACGGACAGAAUGGGAAUGUGAAUCCGGUUGCUGUCACCGGCUACCAGGUCAUGCUCAACUGCCUACUUUCAUGUAACUCAUCAAUAGUGGAUGAAACCACACAAGGGUGUGUAAGCGACAUCAUGUUUGUCUUGGACGCGUCAGCCAGUGUUGGAGUUACAAACUUUAAUAAUAUGAAGAGCGACGUGGAACUCUUCAUCAACAACACCUUCGCGAACUAUCCGAAUGCAAGAGUAGGCUAUCUCGUGUAUGGCACAUCUGUUACCUCAUCUGCAAGUCUCACUGACCAGAGUAGCCAGACGAGUCUGCUCAACUCCCUUCGCGGGGCACCAUACCUGGCAAAUGGCCUAGAGAACACGCACAUUGGCAUCAACACGGCCGCGAACUUCCUGAACAGCCAAGGUCGAUCUGGGUCGCCAAAGGUCAUGGUUGUCAUAACAGACAGUGUCUCCGAUGACCAGACAGCCACUAUCACUGCUGCCUCCAAUGCCAGGAAUGCUGGAACCACCGUGUAUGUUAUUGGAGUGGAAGCCGCUGUAAUAGGCAGCGCUAGUUUGCUUGAUACUUUCAGACAGGAGCUUCAGCAGACUGCCUCAUCUCCAAGCCUUGUAACUGGGCUUGCUACCUACAGCGGUGUAUCCAAUUCCCUGGGAAACUUACCAAACACCAUUUGCAGAGGUAAGUAUGUGUAG